UUUGGCAUUUCAGGAAAAUCCUUUUCUGAAGAACUUCAGCAAUGAAUGGCUUUGGAGUCCUGCUUCGAAAUAAUCAGUUCAUCCUCCUGCUCUUCUUUCUCUUGCAAAUUCAGAGUCUGGGUCUGGAUAUUGAUAGUCGCCCUACCACAGAAGUCUGCGCUACACACACAAUUUCACCAGGACCCAAAGGAGAUGAUGGUGAAAAAGGAGAUCCAGGAGAAGAGGGAAAGGAUGGCAAAGUGGGGCGCAGGGGACCAAAAGGAAUUAAAGGAGAACUGGGUGAUAUAGGAGCCCAGGGCAAUAUUGGCAAGUCUGGGCCUAUUGGCAAGAAGGGUGACAAAGGAGAAAAGGGUUUGCUUGGGAUACCUGGAGAGAAAGGAAAGGCAGGUACUGUCUGUGAUUGUGGAAGAUACCGGAAAGUCGUUGGACAACUUGACAUUAGUGUUGCCCGGCUUAAGACAUCUAUGAAGUUCGUCAAGAAUGUCAUUGCAGGAAUCAGGGAAACUGAAGAGAAAUUCUACUACAUCGUGCAGGAGGAGAAGAACUACAGGGAAUCCCUCACCCACUGCAGGAUCCGGGGAGGCAUGCUAGCCAUGCCCAAGGAUGAAGCCAUCAACACCCUUAUUGCUGACUAUGUUGCCAAGAGUGGCUUCUUCCGGGUGUUCAUUGGGGUGAAUGACCUUGAGAGAGAGGGGCAGUAUGUGUUCACGGACAACACCCCACUGCAGAACUAUAGCAACUGGAAGGAGGGGGAGCCCAGCGACCCCUAUGGUCAUGAGGACUGUGUGGAAAUGCUGAGUUCAGGCAGAUGGAAUGAUACGGAGUGUCAUCUCACCAUGUACUUUGUCUGUGAGUUUGUCAAGAAGAAAAAGUAAUUUCCCUCAUCCUACACAAUUGAAAUUUCCCUGCAUUUUCCACUGCAGUUGGUUUUAUCCAUUCUUGUCU